UCUCACCACGUGGGGUGGUCUUGCGUCAUCAAUAUGUGGGUACGUGACAUCACUAGGUAACUUGGCUUCCGUUUCAGUCUGCCUAGCUGGCCGGGGAGGGGCCUGGGGCAAUCCUGCGCCACCGAGAGUACAAUCUACAGUGGCGAAAAUCCAUGAGAAAAGACGACGGAUACAGGAAAAUCAUCACGCCCUCUACCGACUAAAGGUGCGGGUGCAGUAAACCAAACAAGCUCGCCCAAACGGACACCACAACCAAGAACAAGAUGGCAGACUGUGUUCCCGUGAAGUUUUCGCUGAGGGGGAAAAUAAGUGGAGACGUUUUUGUUCUGGGUUCCUGGGACGGAUGGAGUCAGGCUACCAAACUAGACAAAAGCGAUGAAACUCUAGAGAACAGCACGCGGCUAAGUCUACCAUGCGGCUACUAUGAGUACAAGUUUAAGAUAGGCGACCACUGGAUCCACGACAAUACAAAGCCGACGGUGGUGAACAAGUUUCGGACACUAAACAACUUCGUCCACGUCAUGAAGCCACCCGAUAUCGCCAUCAGUGACGCUAGCGACCAGCCUGAAAUUACUGUUGAUUUCAACCCUAUUUUACAAGCCACAGAGGAACCUCUGCCAUUGAUUCCAAAGCUAUACGAAGCUGCACCAAAAGAAAAUCAAGAUGGCGACGAAGAGUCUGCUUUCAAGCAAAGUGUCGAAGAGGCGCCAGAACCACCGACGAGUGUGACACCAACUAGCGAUAUCACAAUAGACGCUGUUACAGCAAAGGUACAAACUGGUGAGGAAGUCGAAACGACGUCGUUACGGGUAGCAGACGAAAUUGUAAAGGAAACAGAGCAAGUCAAAGAUACAGUUUUCGUACCUGUAGUUGAAAGUUCAGACGAGACGUCAGUCAAAGUAUCUCUUGUUGAAGACGAACAUGGGAAUGCUAAAGUAGACAAUAUUGAAGCAUCUGAAACGGCGGCGUUACAGAUAGCAGACGAAAUCGUCAAGGAAACAGAAGAAGUCAAAGAUACAGUUGACGUACCUGUAACUGAACGUCAAGACGAGACGUCAGUCAAAGUAUCGAUUGUUGAAGACGAACAUGGCGCUGCUGAAGUAGAAAAUGUUGAAACACCUUUUGAAACGACGUCGUUACAGGUAGCAGACGACGUCGCGAAGGAAACAGAGCAAGUCAAAGAUACUGUUGAAGUACCUGUACUAACUGGACGUCAAGACGAGACGUCAAUCAAAGUAUCGCUUGUUGAAGACGAACAUGGUGCUGCUGAAGUAGGAAAUGUUGAAACACCUGAAACGACGGCGUUACAGGUAUCAGGCGAAACCGUGAAGGAAACAGAGCAAGUCAAAGAUACAGUUGACGUACCUGUAAUUGAAAGUCCAGAAGAGACGUCAAUCAAAGUAUCACUGGUUGAAGACGAACAUGGUGCGGCUGAAGUAGAAAAUGUUGAAACACCUUUUGAAACGACGUCGUUACAGGUAUCAGCCGAAAUCGUGAAAACAGAACAAGUCAAGGAUGCAGUUGAAAUACCUGUAAUUGAAAGUCCAGACGAGGCGUCGACGCCAGUCAAAGCAUCGCUUGUUGAAGACGAACAUGGUGCUGCAGAAGUAGACAAUGUUGAAACACCUUCUGAACAAGAGAAAAGCAGUUCAGACGCCCGAAACAUUGCAGAAAGGGUCUCUGACAAAUCAGUUCAUCAGGAAGAGAUAGCUGCUGACGAAAACGAAGUUAAGCUGCAGAAAGAAAUAGAAAACGCCGCCGUUCACGAAGCGACCAAGAUUGAGGGAGGCUCCAUUAAAACCGAACGGCAACUUCAACAAGAAAUUGCUGAUUAUCUUGCAAGAGAAAACGACAACGUGCCAGAAAUGAUUGCCACCAAAGAAACAGUUGACCAGAAAGAUAAUGCCAGCAAUGAUGUUCAAGACACCAUCGAAAAGGUAGCAGACGACAAAAUAGUGCCUCAAGAAGAACAUCGUGACGAGUCAGUAGAACGUGACCCGAGGACAGUUCCAGACGACGAAACACUUUCUCUAGAAAAGAGACACACUGUACCAGAAACAAAGGAGUCUGUUAGUGAAAACCAAGACAAAACGCCCAUAAGUGCUAUCAAGGCAGACGGCGAGACAGGUCCUGAACUUGUUCAACAUCAAACGGAGAAAUACGACCACAAGGUUAUUCAAGACAUCCCCGAGUCAAAGGACGAUUGUGCAUCUGAUGAAGUCACUAAAGUACUCGAGGAAAGGACGCUCCAGGAAGAGGAGAAGGCACCUAUCCUGCCUCAGUCAGAACCGGUGAGUGAAACUGUCCAACCAGUGCUGCAAGAACAGCAGCCCGAAGAGACUACUUUAGAAACCUUAGACAAACACACCAACAAAGCAGUGCCACUAGAGGAGACGCCCAUAAAGACUGCCGAAGGUGGUCUUGAAAUAGAAGCAUUCGAGCCUGUAGUUGAAAGGCAGUCUCUAGACGAGAUACCCAUCGAAGCUGAGCCGAACGUCCAGGAGAAAGUAGCACAGACUGUGUCUAAAGAAACUGAAAAACACGACAAUGUUACUCAAGACAUCCCUGAGAUAAAGGAAGAUACAACAACUGAUGAGGUACCACCACAGAAAAAAGGAGUUGAAACUGACAAAGAACAGGAAAAGGAAGCAACAAGCCUAGACAAUGGCAGUGAUAAAACGAAUCUUCAGCAAGGGAAUCAGAAACUUGACGAAACGGCUCCUCCAAAAGAGGCAGCCAACCAUGUCGAAACCAUGGUUGAUGAUGUAGUCAAGGAAAUUACUAAAACAGCCAUUCAAGAAGCUGGCAAAACAAGUCCUCAGCAAGAGACAGUUGAAAGCGCUGCCAUGCAAGACCUGGAGGAGAAAACUCAAGAAAAACUCACCAAAGAGCCAGCUAAGCACGAAAUACCUAAUGAGGCGGAAGUCGAAGUUACUCCACAUACCACAGGUCAGGAAGAGAAAGCCGAUAUGGCUGAAACAGAGAAAGAUAAAGCUGUCGAGGAUGUCACGGGCGAGGUAAAGGGGGCAGACAAAGAAGCUGCUCUUCCUCAAGUCCAUACCAAAGCUGAUGUAACCGACUAUAACAUGACAGAGGUCUUGAAGGAAAAUUUACAAGACGCAAGGAAUGACAAGAAGUCUUCUGCAGUUGACAUUGAAAAGACAACCCAAAAUACAGAAGUGGAAGUUACUCCUUCUAGGGUAGAUGCCAAUGCUGUCCUAACCGACAAGAUGGAGGCUUUGACUGAAAUACUACACGAAAAAGAAAAAGAUGAAAAACCAGUCGUCGUUGACGUUGGAAAGGCAACCCAACUUGAGCCGGACGCACCGACGUAUGCUCCUGAUAUAACAGACUUAGAUAAAACCACGAAAAAGACUACGAUUGAAACAAAAGUAAAACAAGAAGACGAUGAUGGCCUAGAAAGCAUGCAUAAAGAAGAAGUUCUUCCGGAAGAUGAGACUACCAAAGAUGUAGUAAGCAACCUUGAAAAAGAAGUAGAAAAGCCUUCGCCCAAAGCACCAGUUCAGGAGAAAAUGUCUGAUACGGUAGUCAUAGAAAAGGUGGAAAAGGAAAAAGACAAGGCUUUGGGAGAAUCGCCUCAGAAGGUAGACAAAGCAAUGAAGGAAGCAGACAAAAUUGUACCGGUAGAUGGUGGUAAGGAGGUUCAGGACAGGGUGGGCUUGGGAGACCUUGAAACAUCUCCUACAAAAGAAAUAGGUGAACAUGUUAUAUUCGACAAGGCUGUCAGCGACGAAUACAAAGAUGCUAUCGAAGAAAAGACCAGUGUUGCUGUCUCGGAAGAGCAGAAAGGUGACAAGACCGAGGUUCUUAUCGAAACAAAACCUGUGGAAGAAGCGACUAGUAAGGUAAUUCUAGACAACCUAGGGGCUGAUAUAAAACCACAGGAAGAAGUUGCUGUCAAAGAGCAAACGAUAGCCAAGCCUGUCACGGGGGUAGAGGAAGAACCAAGUAAUCAGAUACAAGUAGAAGACAACUCUGAAAAACGCGAGCCACCAUCAGAAACGACGAAGAUUUCUCAAGAACUAGAAGACGUCAAAUCAAGAACAACCACUAAAGAAAGAAAAGAGUUACCGACGGCUGGUGGCUCUGAAAUACCUAUCCUUCUGUUGACAGAGAAACAAGAGAAGCCACUUAAACCAGAAUCCAAGAAGGACACGAAGAAAAAGGAAGACGCAAAGUCACGUCUUCCAUUCUGGAAAAAGGACAAGACUUCAGCUGAGCAGGAGAAGUCUACUCCUGAGAAGAAGCCUACAAGGGAAGUACAGACAACAAAGAAAGAAGAUCAGCCAAAACCUCAAACUACAUCAUCGAAGGAGGAGGCGAAGAAGAAAGAAGGUCCAACGUCGCGCCUUUCUUUCUUGAAGAAGAAGAAGAAAGAAGAACCUACGGUUCAGAAGCAAACUGAGAAGUCCAAACCUGAGACGGAGAAACCUUCACCCGAAGAACCCACGACUAAGACGGAGAAAGCAAAAACAAGCAAUGACGACACCAAGCCGCAAGGUUUCAUGGGAAUAUUGCGGUGCUGUAGGUGCUUCUGAAGUCACAGCGAGGAAGAAAAAG